CUCUUGUUGCCAUCUUCAUCCUUUCAUUACAACCUCCCUCCGUCUUCAAUUCUCCUUAACGUUGAGCCCUCCUUUCCACUCACCCAGAGGACUGACUCAAUCCGAUCCACCGAAACCUCGUAUUCGCAACCGAACUAGCGAUCGUUGUUUACCUCUCUCGCUCACGACGCCAUUUCCCCCUUUCCUGAUCAUCAUCCCUGCUUCAUCCUGCUCUUACCAGCAUGACAAAACUACCUUUUGAUGGGUUGGUCAUCGCCGUUGGCGGGACUUUCCCCGGCUACAGACAAGCCGACCUGACGACCAUCAUCAAGCGAAACGGUGGAGAGUUUAGCUCCGGCAUCACCGAGGAUUUAACGCACCUGAUCUCAACCUCCAAGGAGGUCACCAACAAGAGUCGCAAAUAUACGCAGGCAUGCAAGGUCCCCUACUGCAAUAUUGUUUCGUUAGACUGGCUCGUCGACUCCGACGCGGCCGGAAAGAGACUGCCGGAGAAGGACUUUCUCCUCGACACCAAGACCGACGACAAGACUGAUGAGGGUGAGAAAAAGAAGCGCACAUUGGAGGAGGCCCUAGGUGUCAACGAGGACGGUACGAGUAAGAAGCUCAAGAACGCCCAGAAGGCCGGGACGAAGUCGCUGAACAUCCCGGUGGAUGAGGACUGUUCGCUCAAAGGCUCGCACAAGGUGUACAUUGACCCCGAGUCAACCAUCUGGGACGCCACUCUUAAUCAGACCAGCUCGACCAACAACAAUAACAAGUUCUAUCGCAUCCAGCUUCUGACCAACCCGUCGAAAACGGAAUUCAGGACCUGGACUCACUGGGGUCGAGUGGGAGAGAGCGGCCAGAAUGCCCUUCUGGGCGAUGGCUCCUAUGGGCGUGCAGAGGCCGAAUUCAAGAAGAAGUUCAAGGACAAAUCAGGCCUGACCUGGGAGAACCGCCUCGACAACCCCAAGAACAACAAAUAUACCUUCAUCGAGCGCAACUACGAAGAGGAUUCAGACUCCGACUCGGAGGACGAGACCGCCGCUGCGAAGAAGAUGGUUCAAAAGAAGCCCAAGGCGGAGGUCAAGAGUACCCUGCCGCCUCAAGUUCAAGACUUGAUGGCCUUCAUCUUCAAUCAGGAGUUCUUCCUAUCUACCAUGGCAGCCAUGUCGUACGAUGCCCAAAAGCUGCCGCUCGGUAAGCUGAGCAAGCGUACGCUUCGUGCGGGUUUCCAAGCUCUGAAAGAUCUCUCCGAACUCGUGGCCGAUCCGAAUUCGGCAACGUCGAAGUACGGCAUGACCUUCCAGGCCGCUGCGGAAGGACUGAGCAACCGAUACUUUACCACCAUUCCUCACGUGUUUGGCAGAAACAGACCCCCUGUUCUCACUCAAGGUGACCUUUUGAAGAAGGAAAUCGAGCUGCUGGAAACCUUGACUGAUAUGGAGGUCGCCAACAACAUCAUGAAGGACGCGGAGGAUGCGGAGAUGAUCCACCAGCUUGACCGCCAAUUCCAAGGCUUGGGAAUGAAUGAGAUGACUCCAUUGGCUCGUGACUCGACCGAAUUCUCGGAGCUGGAAACUUACCUGGUCCGUUCGCGUGGUGCGACACAUGGAUUGGGCCUCAAGGUCAUCAACAUUUUCCGCAUCGAACGCCAAGGCGAGACUGAACGCUUCAACUCGUCCCGAUUUGCCAAGAUCAAGAAUAGCGACCGUCGGCUUCUGUGGCACGGAUCCCGCAGUACGAACUUUGGUGGUAUUCUGAGCCAGGGUCUGCGGAUUGCGCCCCCGGAAGCUCCCGUCAAUGGGUACAUGUUCGGCAAGGGUGUCUACCUCGCCGAUAUGUCUUCCAAGUCGGCCAACUACUGCUGUUCGUAUGGCAGUGGGAACAAAGGUCUGCUGCUGCUGUGCGAUGCGGAGCUCGGAGAUCCGAUGUUGGAGCUAGACUAUGGGAACUUCAACGCCGGCGAGGACGCUGCGAAACAAGGCAAGAUUGCCACCCUUGGUCGCGGUCGCUCGAUCCCCGCGGACUGGAAGGACGCGGGCUGUGUCCACCCCAACCUACAGGGCGUGAAGAUGCCGGAUACUGUGCACGGGGCGACAACCGCCCAAGCAGCAUCGCUCCAGUACAACGAGUACAUUGUGUACGACGUUGCACAGAUCCGACAGAGAUACCUGUUCCAUGUGGACAUGCGGUAGGCUGCAUCUGCCGUUGGGUCUCUAUGGCUUUCUAUUCACUGUUCUAUUGGGGGCGCAACGGGGUUCUGGGGGUGGGAAUUAGCGGGUGAUCCGGGAUUUACUUGAUAUUGCGCGAUGUCUACUUCACUACGAUGGUGUCCGCAAAAUCCGC